AUGGCACAUAAAGCAUCUCCUAUGGAAAGCUCUUGGAAAAUUCUUGAAGAAUACCAUAUAGAUGAAGAUGUGGGCUUUGCUCUACCAAAUCCACUGGAGGAACUACCUUACCCUUAUGAUGCUUGGAUUUCCAUUGCUAAAAAUCUUCCUGUCCUGAUUAAAAAUGGUGACCUACGUGCAGAAGUUGAGAAGUUACCAAUGCUCAGCAUCGAUGACCUGCAAGGACACAAGUUGCAGCGCCUCGCACAUCUAGUCUUGGGGUAUAUCACCAUGGCAUAUGUGUGGGACCGAGGUGACGAUGUCCGUAAGGUCCUGCCACGCAAUAUUGCUGUCCCUUACUGCAAACUCUCUGAGAAGCUGGGACUGCCUCCCAUUCUGGUUUAUGCAGACUGUGUCUUGGCAAACUGGAAGAAAAAGGAUCCCAGUGGUCCCAUGACGUAUGAGAACAUGGACAUUCUGUUUGCAUUUCCUGGUGCGGACUGCAGUAAAGGAUUCUUUCUGGUUUCUCUGUUGGUGGAAAUAGAAGCUGCUUCUGCAAUAAAGAUAAUUCCCACCAUAUUCAAUGCAGUGCAGCGUCAGGAUGGAGAUACUUUGCAAAAGGCACUGCUUGACAUAACUAAUUGUCUGCACAGGGCCCUUGAAGUGUUUCACGAAAUUCAUAAAUACGUGGACCCAAACCUGUUUUUCAAUGUUCUUCGCAUAUACUUGUCUGGCUGGAAAGGCAACCCCCAGCUGCCAGAGGGUCUGAUAUAUGAAGACGUCUGGGACAUCCCAAAAAAGUUCGCUGGGGGCAGUGCAGCUCAAAGCAGCAUCUUUCAGUGCUUCGAUGUUCUGCUAGGCAUCCAACAGAGUGCCGGUGAAGCAUCAGCUGCAGAAUUUCUCCAGGAAAUGCGAACAUACAUGCCACCAGCUCACCAGAAGUUUCUUGGCUCAUUAGAGUCAGGCCCUUCAGUUCGGGAGUUUGUCCUUUCAAAAGGGGAUGCUAGCCUACAGGCAACUUAUAAUAAGUGUGUGAAAGCUAUGGUCUCCCUGAGAAGUUACCAUUUGCAAAUAGUAACUAAGUAUAUUGUGAUUCCUGCAAGCCAGCAGCCCAGACAAAACCAACCUGCUGAUGAGCCAUCAGAAGUGGAAAAUAAAGGAACUGGAGGUACUGAUGUCAUGAAAUUUCUAAAGAGUGUAAGAAGUACAACUGAGAAGGCCCUGUUGAAGGAUAGUUAA